AUGCCCGACACUGCGGCCGUCGACCGGCCACCAGACGAACCGAAGCCCUUCCUCCCACUGCUGCUCUUCUCCUUUCUGAUGAACCUGUUCCUGCAUCUUACCUAUCCAGCUCCUUCGGCCGGCGAGGAUACCCGAGGCUACCUCCACGGUGGCUUGAUGAUCGACUUUAUCGGACAGCAAGGACCAACCAGUAAAUGGAAGCUGGGCGCACUCGACCUCUGCAUCUUGUUCCUGCAGCUGGCAAUGGUCUCCGUGCAUGUCAAGAGACGGCAUCUGAAGAAGCAGUUGGCAAGGCUGUCAACAGGCGGUUGCACAACCGCGCCUACGGAGGCAGUCGCCCGAGGACAAGACGCGGACGAUGAAGAGCGAGGCCUACUGCGCCGAACCGAUACUUUGUCAGACCUCGGGCUUGAUCUAGAUGGCGGCGAAGACGCAGAAGAAGAAGAGGACGCAUUGUUGCCGCCUGGUUCGUCGGAGAACAGGCAUGCAGAUGCCCUUGAUAUCUUGACCUCGGGCCAAUGCGUCAUUGGCCAUUUCACCCUCAUCGACACGCUGUUGCAGGAGAAUAAAAACUACUCUGCCUACCGCCUUACUCGCUCAGAAGCCGGGAUGAACGACAUGCCAGAGACCUUGCGCCGGCUCAACACUUUGCGCGCACGCUUUGGUGUCGGCGCUGGAUGA